GGCAGCAGCGGCCCCGAGGCUGUUUCGGCCGGGCGAUGGAAGAUGGAAGGAAGCAAGUCCGGGGCAGAAACAUUUGUUUGGGCCAGCAAUUCAUCAACCCAUUCCCAGAGUGUUGCUAAAGCCAAAUAUGAAUUUUUAUUUGGCAAAUCUGAAGAGAAAACUCCAGAUACUAGUGAUCAUGGAGGAAGUACUUUACUCCCACCAAAUGUCACUAAUGAGUUUCCAGAGUACGGGACAAUGGAGGAAAGUGGAAAAGGCCUGGAAGCUUCUGUUGAACUUGAUGCAGAAUCUCUACCAUGCUGCCCUCAAGAGCAGGUCACGACUGCUCUUGCUGGUCAGGAAUCUGGAUUUGAUAGUGGUGUAGAAGGACCAAAAGAUGCCAGUGAGCCCCCCUCUGGAACUCUCCUCAAGGAACAAAGCCUACAACCUACUGACUCUUUAAUAACAGCUGCAAAAGCCACAGAAAUCAGAUCAAAUUUAGGAACUUUACAGGCAACAAAGGUAUUGAAUAAAGAUGUGGUUUCUACUUUUUCUGUUCAGUCCAUGGAUAAAGAGCCAGAGAUUCUUUGUCAGGGAUUACAAAGAAUCAACAAACAUUUCCCUGUUGUACAGGAAAGAUCACCACAUACUACUGUUUCAGCUGAAAUUAUGACCAAGGAAAGUUUUCACCCAAGAGUCCAUAAGGAUUUAUCUACACCAUUAAGUAGAGAAGCUCAGGCCCAACUUUCCCAAACAACUAAUUCAAGAAAAGCAUUAAAAGAGCCAACUUGUUCACUGGCCUCUGUGGGGAAGCCAACUAAUAGCCAUAACACAAAAGGCAGUGUUGGUGUUUUGAGAGACAGAAGAUGUGAUAUGGAGAGAAAACAUUCAGGAAAAUCUCUGGACCAUUCAUGCCGGGUCAAGCAUGUGGAAUUUCAAGAAGUAAAAAUAUUGUGGACAGGAGGAGAAAACAAAGAGAUAUGUCAUUCUGUGGAUUUUGAAACAUCACUGGAGAAACCAACUUCUAUGGAAAAUAAAGAGUUUUCCCAGGUACCAAGCCAUCCCAGGUCAUCUUCUGUUUUUCUUAAUUCAAUUGGUUUAACUGAAAACACUUGGAAUAAAAACUGGAAAGUUCCCUCUGAGAGCUCAGGCACCUUUUCCCCUGCACCUCUUGUUGAGAGUGGGGAGGAUGAAGUCUUUCUAAAGGAAAGCAAAGAAUAUAUUGAGAAGAAAGCUGAACUGGAUAUAGACAAGGAGAGGAUUCUUGAGCAAGAGGAACAUUUUAGGGAAGAAAAUGGUGAUGUGCUUGGACCAGGGUAUACAGAGGACUCCACUGAUGUGUACAGCUCCCAGUUCGAAACCAUUUUGGAUAACACUUCUUUAUAUUAUAGUGCUGAGUCGUUGGAGACAUUAUACUCAGAGCCUGAUAGUUAUUUUAGCUUUGAAAUGCCUCUCACUCCAAUGAUACAGCAGCGCAUAAAAGAAGGUGGUCAGUUUCUGGAGAGAGCAUCUGCAGGAGCACAGCAAGAUGUCCUAAGUGUCUCAACAGAUGGUGGAAUUGUGAUGGGCUAUUUCCAGUGGGACAUCCUCAAUGGGUUGGAUGAUUCCAGCGACUCCAUCUAUGUGAAAAGCACCCCAGAACUUGCUUUCUGGGGAAGCAAUGCUGGAGUGAAAACAUCACUGUUAGAGCCUCAUUCUGAAAUGGGAAGCACUGAAGUUCUGGAAAAGGAUACCUCAGACUGUCUCAGUAAUGGUACUGGCAGCAAUGUGGAAGCAGCCAAAAGGCUGGCCAAGCGCCUAUAUCUACUAGAUAGAUUCAAAAAAUCGGAUGUUGCAAAGCACUUAGGCAAAAACAAUGAAUUCAGCAAACUCGUUGCAGAAGAGUACCUGAAGUUUUUUGAUUUUACAGGGAUGACACUGGAUCAGUCUCUCAGGUAUUUUUUUAAAGCAUUUUCUCUCGUGGGAGAAACUCAAGAACGAGAGAGAGUUUUAAUACACUUCUCCAAUAGAUUUUUUUACUGUAAUCCAGACACCAUUGCCUCACAAGAUGGAGUUCAUUGCCUGACCUGUGCAAUGAUGCUUCUUAAUACAGAUCUCCAUGGCCAUAAUAUUGGUAAAAAGAUGACCUGCCAAGAAUUUAUCACAAACCUUCAAGGGGUAAAUGAAGGAGGUGAUUUCUCAAAAGAUCUUCUGAAAGCUCUGUAUAACUCUAUCAAGAAUGAGAAGCUUGAAUGGGCAGUAGAUGAUGAAGAGAAAAAAAAAUCGCCAACAGAGGGUACUGAUGAGAAGGCUAAUGGAACACAUCCAAAGACCAUCACUCGUAUUGGGAGUACUACCAACCCCUUCUUAGACAUUCCUUAUGAUCCCAAUGCUACUGUAUACAAGAGUGGAUUCUUGGCUAGGAAAAUCCAUGCAGACAUGGAUGGAAAAAAGACUCCAAGAGGAAAGAGAGGAUGGAAAACCUUUUAUGCUGUACUCAAAGGAACAGUUCUAUACUUGCAAAAGGAUGAAUUUAAGCCAGAAAAAGCACUGUCUGAAGAGGAUUUGAAAAACGCAGUGAGUGUACACCAUGCACUGGCAUCCAAGGCCACAGACUAUGAGAAGAAACCAAAUGUGCUUAAACUUAAAACUGCCGACUGGAGGGUAUUGCUUUUCCAAGCCCAGAGUCCUGAGGAAAUGCAAGGAUGGAUAAAAAAAAUUAAUUGUGUGGCAGCUGUAUUUUCUGCACCACCCUUUCCAGCAGCCAUUGGGUCACAGAAGAAAUUUAGUCGUCCUCUUCUGCCUGCAACUACAACAAAAUUGACUCAGGAUGAACAGCUAAAAUCUCAUGAAACCAAGCUAAAACAGAUUACGAAUGAGCUGGCUGAGCAUCGUUCCUAUCCUCCAGACAAGAAAGUAAAAGCCAAGGAGAUAGAUGAGUACAAACUGAAAGAUCACUAUCUGGAGUUUGAGAAAACCCGCUAUGAAAUGUAUAUCAGCAUUCUAAAGGAAGGAGGCAAGGAGUUCCUGAGUAAUAACGAAAGUGAGACUGCAGGACUGAAGAAGUCACAUUCUAGUCCAUCACUCAACCCAGAUUUAUCCCCAGUCACUGCCAAGGUCAAGCGUAAUGUAUCAGAAAGAAAAGAUCAUCGACCUGAAACACAAAGCAUUAAACAAAAAGUUACUUAGAAUCCAUCUGUGACCAGGAAAUACUGUUCAUGGAGCAAAAAUGUUUAUUCAAGAUUUUUCUGGUCAACCCGUGAAUAUAUUUUUUAAAAAUGUCUGUGACUAAAUGGUGCAUUAGUAGCUUCUUCUGUUGUAUAUUUUUUAGUUUCUGUAUAAAUUAUCUCUUUGCUCUUAAUUUCUUUGCUUGGAUAUUUCCUACUUGAUAACUAAUGCACCUUUUGUGAUUGGGAGGGUAUUAUGAUUUUAACAUGAAUUCACAUAUCCCUUUGAUUUUACCAUGUUUUCACUCUGCUCAGUUGUUUUAUGUAUCCUUAAAUCAGCUGUUACUCUUUUAUGAAGGUUAAAAACGUUGAUUUAUUGUGAAACACUUAACUGGAAAAACUUCAUUUUUUGUACAUUUUAGUCAGAAUUAAUAUAAGCCUUUUUAUUUGGAAUCUUGCCUAGUCACAGAAAUAAAUUGAGAAGUCACAGAAGUUCAAUUAAGAUGACAUUUUAGGGAUGUUCCAGUGUAAGACAAUUUAGUAAGAACUUGUGCAGUUCUUACCCUCCUGGAGGUAGAAAAAGGAAACAUGAAAGUGUCAGAACUAGAGAAUAUAGGAAGUUGAUUCCAUUUUGAUAUCUCAAAGAAAGAGAAAAUGGAAUCGUUUUGCUGUUUACGAUUAAGGGAAAGACUGAUACCAAGUUUAUCUUGUUUUCCAAAAGGCAAUAGUAUUGAUCAACUCUUGGGGAACUGAAAGAGUUUGGUGAGUGUUUACUCUGCUGAAAGUAUUACCUCACUCUAGGGGUCUAGACUAGGCAUCCAGAAUCAUAUCCUUUGUCAGUACUCUGCUGUCUAGGAAUGAUUUCUUUAAUGCAUAUAAAUAUAUAAAAACUUAGAUGGAACUGUGCAUGGAGUAAUCUCCUGAUUAUAAGAACAGUUGAGUCUUCAUAUCAAAAUAAUGUUGAGCAUAGUAUUCCCUUUGUUCUUUAUUAGUCAAAAAUAAUAAGAGAGGGGAAAGUAUCUGCAGUAGUUCAGCAAUUACAAGUUAUUUACAAUAAAUCUGAGAGUAGUAAUUGAAAUAAGCUGUAGUUGGAAAAUAGAGAAAUCUAGUUGCACAUGAAAUCAAUGAACUUAUUUUAUCUGCCUCUAAAUAGUUUAUUUCUCUACUUUCUACUAAAGGUACCUUAUUUUUAAAUAAUUUAUUUUUAUCCAAAAUAGUUUUGUCAACCUUAGAGUUAUUAGUUUAUUCCAGUGAUGGUCCUUCAAAAUGCAGGAUGGUAGAUUACAUUCUUUUGUAGAAUAGAAAGGAAUGAAAAUUGAGCCCAGUAGAACUGACUGGUUUUGAAACUGCUUAAUUGUGUGAUUCUUAAAGCUAUAGGUGCAAUCUCUGAGUAAAUGGUAUCAUUUUUAAUAUCUGUUCCCUAGACUGAAAUGUGUUCGCUCUAUCUCUACUCAGGAUGUUAAAGGUACUGUGUCCAAAGAAUAAGUGAAUGAAAGAAAACAUAGAAACCAGUUUCUACUGGUAUAUUGUCCUUAUGUAUGAAAACUUAGUUCCAGAAUUAUUUAUUAACAUUUUCCCUUUACAUAUUUAUAUUGCCGUAUUUUCUGGUCUGGAAAAGAAACUGUUACAUUGUUACCUUAAUUAUGAUAAUUAUUUAGCACAU